AGUUCCACCCAAACAGAAAAAAAAAGGAAAAGAAUCCUGGCGUUUUCUCUGAAUUGUUGUUUCUAAGUCUUUUUCAACGAAUUUUCUAGGCGUGAAUCUAGGGUUAGAUCGAUCCUUUCGCAGGAGAAUCAUUGUUUGCUUCGAAACUGUUUUUGGUGUUCAUCGAAAGUUAAAAUGGACUCUGUAGUUUCGGGUGGAGUUAGGCUCGAGCAUUGUUGGCUAAUGGAGAGUCCUCUAAUUUCCUUUCGAUAUUCUUGGUCGACGAGGAAGAAGAGAACUCCGAAACCAUUUAAGUUGAAAGAAGGAGGCUCGAGGUCACGUCCUGUAAUAUUGAAAGUCUUUGUUAGGAAACGGAAGCUUUCGAGAGAUGAUAACGACGACUCAGCGGUUAAGCGUAACCCGAAAAGAAGGAGAGCUUGUAGCAAAGUAGAAAGCUGUGAUGAAGUUGAAGCUGUUCCUAAGGAGGAAACAUCUGUUAAGGAAGAGCAAGUUUCUGAAGAUGAUGAUGAUUGUAUCUUAGGAGAUUAUAUUCGAAGCUUCACUAUGAGAAAGAGAGAAGAUAAGCGCAAAGAAGUACCAGAAGUGAAAUCUGAGAUUAAAGAUGAAGAAUGCUCUGUAGAAGCGAAUCGGAUUGCUAAAAGGAAAUACAAACGCAAAGUAAAAGUUGAAGAGGAUAUGGAUUGGGAAGAAGAGGUUAAGUUGGUUUCUAAGAUCAAGGAAACAUCAAGAAGGAAGAGCAGAAGAAUAGGUUGUGCAGCUAAUGGAAGAAGUUCCAAAAGUCCAGAAAAUGUCACAGGUGUUAGUCGUUCUCGCUCACGUUCGCCAACUUCAGAAGUAUCAGACUCCCUUCUGAAAAAUGGGAGUUCUGAUGACUGCACAAGCAUGACAAAUACUUCUAAGGAAUCUAAGGAACGCCAUGUAAUUUGCCAUCAGUGCUUAAAAGCGGAAAGGAUAACUCUUGUCAUUUGCAGUGAAUGUGAAGAGAAAAUGUAUUGUCUUCAGUGUAUAAGGAAAUGGUAUCCAAAUCUAUCUGAGGAUGAUAUCGUUGAUAAAUGUCCUUUCUGCCGCAAAAAUUGUAACUGCAGCAGAUGCUUGCAUUCGAAUAGUUUAAUCGAGAUUUCGAAGAGGGAACUGGCAGAUCCUGAAAGACGCCGUCAUCUCCAGUACUUGAUUUCGCAGACGCUUCCGUUUCUGAAUAAGUUCUCCAAAUCCCAGAACCAAGAGAUUGAAAUUGAAGCAAAGGUUCAAGGAUUACUGCCUUCUGAAGUUGAUGUAGCUAGGGCAGAAAGCUACUAUGAUGAACGCGUAUACUGUGAUCACUGUGCAACUUCAAUUGUUGACAUGCACCGAAGCUGCCCAAAGUGCUCUUAUGAGCUUUGUUUGAACUGCUGUCAAGAGAUCCGAGAAGGAUCGCUCUCCGAACGCCCUGAAAUGAAGCUACCAUAUGUUGAUAAAGGAUAUAGGUAUAUGCAUGGUUUAGAUAUGGAACCGAGCUCCUCUUCUGUUUCUGAGGAGGAAGUAGCUAACCUAUCCGCUAAGUGGAAUGUCGGUUUUAACGGAAGCAUCACCUGUGCACCAAAAGAGCUAGGUGGUUGUGGUGAUAGUAUGUUGGAGCUUAAGCGAAUCCUACCCGAAAACUUUUUGGCACGCUUGGAACAGAAGGCAGAGACUUUCUUGGCAUCAUACAAGAAAAGCCCUGGAGUGUUGAACUGUAGGUGUUCUGCCUUGGAGACAGAUAUGACAAGGAAAGCAGCUUCGAGGACAAGCUCAAGCGAUAACUACCUGUUCUGCCCUGAAUCUCGUGGUGUUUUGAAGGAAGAAGAGCUUCUACAUUUUCAAGAGCAUUGGGCAAAAGGUGAACCAGUAAUUGUCAGGAACGCUCUUGAUAACACACCUGGUUUAAGCUGGGAGCCGAUGGUGAUGUGGCGAGCUUUAUGCGAAAAUGUGGUUUCAUCAACAGCAAAUACUAAGAUGUCUGAAGUCAAAGCAAUUGAUUGUUUAGCUAACUGUGAGGUGGAGAUCAAUACUCGUCACUUCUUUGAAGGUUAUAGCAAAGGAAGAACAUAUGAAAACUUCUGGCCUGAGAUGUUGAAGCUGAAAGACUGGCCUCCUUCUGAUAAGUUUGAAGACCUUUUACCUCGUCACUGUGACGAGUUCAUAUCCGCAUUACCUUUCCAAGAAUACAGCGAUCCUAGAACAGGAAUUCUUAACAUUGCAGCAAAGCUUCCUGAAGGGCUAAUCAAACCAGAUUUGGGUCCAAAGACUUACAUUGCCUAUGGGAUUCCAGAUGAGUUAGGGAGAGGCGAUUCCGUGACUAAGCUUCACUGCGAUAUGUCAGACGCGGUUAAUAUUCUGACGCAUACAGCUGAAGUAACGUUAAGUCAAGAACAGAUAUCUGCAGUCAGAGAUCUAAAACAAAAACACAAGGAACAGAACAAGUUUGAAAAACAGGGCAGUGAAGAUAGCGUUAAUGGCUGUAGCCAAGAGGAAGAAGAGUUGAACAUGCCAGAGAUUCUGAGCUGUGAAAAUGAGCAGAAUCCUGAGGAAAUGGGAAGUGCUCUUUGGGAUAUAUUUAGAAGAGAAGAUGUUCCUAAGUUAGAAGAGUAUCUAAGAAAGCAUUGCAAAGAGUUUAGACACACUUUUUGUUGUCCAGUUUCAAAGGUUUAUCAUCCGAUACAUGACCAAUCAUGCUAUUUAACGGCGGAACAUAAAAGAAAACUCAAGGCGGAAUUCGGGAUCGAACCAUGGACAUUUGUGCAAAAGCUAGGAGAAGCGGUGUUUAUUCCCGCGGGUUGUCCUCAUCAAGUUCGGAAUCUAAAGUCGUGCACAAAAGUGGCAGUUGACUUUGUAUCACCAGAGAACAUUCAUGAGUGUCUGCGUCUGACUGAAGAGUUUCGCCAACUUCCCAAAAACCACAGGGCCAGAGAGGACAAACUUGAGGUAAGUCUUUUAUCUCUUUACCAUUUAUUUUUCCUUUUUCUCGUUUGUUGUGUGUGUGAGCUUAUUGCGUAUAUGUAUGGUAUGGUUGAUGCGGGUGGGGUUGAGUUGGAUAAUAUUCUUGGAUAACCGGAUCCAAUUAGGAGGGAUGGGCAUUUAAACCGAACCAAACCAAAACCAAAACAAAUCCGAUUUACUCGAAUCAAAUUUUUUGAUUCUACUUUUUUAGAAUUGGAUCGGUUCUAGAAAACCCAAAAUCAAAUGAGCGAACUGCCACAUCUUUUAAAAAUAAACUAGAUGAUUACCUGUGCAAAUGCACGGAGUCUUUUUAAUGUUUUUUAAAAUAUUUUUAAGCUUUUUUGUAACUUUAAAUAAACUCAAUUCAGGAUUUUUUUUUUAAGGUUAUCAUAUACAUAUAAUAAAAAAGUUGUUAUUUAGUUCUUUUAAAAGUAAUUUUUUAUCAGUUUAUUUUUAGUUAUUAUUUUCUUCAAAGAAGCUAAUCAAACACAUAUUAUACUAAACAAAAUCUAGAGUUGAUAAUCCAACAAAUACUAAGUAUAAAAUAUCAACUUAUGGUUAUAAACUCAAGAGGCAUAUCUUAUAAAUAAAUAGAUAAAUUUAUUCGGAUUUUCCUAUUUUAAUUGGUAAAAUAUUUCAUAAACUCUUCUGAAAUCAAAAAUGAAUAUAAUGGAGUUCUAACUAAUAUCCCAAAUUGUAUUAAACCCAUGACCAUUUUUCUUCACCAAGUUUUUAGUAUGAAAUCACUAUAGAUCUUACGUUGGAGAUAGUCUUCUAUGCUAAAUCUUUCACUUGAAUUUAAUCGCUACCUUUAAUAUUCGUUAACUAAAACGAAUUUAAAAACUAUCAGCCCAAAUUUUCUCAAAGUGACGUCUUAUGGUUUCAUAGUUCCAUAUGCUAAAUCUUAAGAACACUUGCAUGCUUGAAAAUAUUACCGAGGCUUUGGUCACACAAUUUCAUCCUCUUAACAUCUGUUUUACUUUUUGGGAUAUUUUACAUAGAAGUAGAAAACUUUGGUACAGAAAAUUGGCAUAUAAACCCAAAUCUACAACUUUAGGCAAAGAAACAUAUAAAAAAUUGAAAACAAACUAAAAAUCCAAAUCCUACAAUUAUGAAAUUCGUCUGAAAAGACUAUAGAAAUGAAAAAAUAAUUUAAAAAUCCAAACUCUACAGUUAUGGGAUUUUUAUUUUAUUUAAAUUUCUUUCCAAAAUAGUUACUUACUUCCGUAAUUUUAGUUGUAUUAUUUUGAAUUUUUAAAGUUAAUAAGAUUUAUUAUUCCCUUCAUUUGGUUACAAAUUUUAGUUUUUAUGUCUAAAGUUGCGAAGUUUUAUGCAUAAGAGAAACGUAUUGGUAAAUUUUACAAGUACUUUUGAAUAAUUUGUUGCAUCAGAGAAAUACGAUUUUUUACAAAACAAAAAUUCCUUAGUCAUCAUUAGUUAUUACAACUAAAAAUAUUUUUUUCUCUAAAUAUGUUGUAUUCAUUUUCUUGACUCCUUUUAAAGGGAUAUUAUUUAGACUUUUGAGCAUACAAAUAAGUUUGAUUACAACAGAACAAGAAUUUGUCAAAAUUUAAAAUCUGAAGGCAACAUACAAACUAAAAAGAUUUGUAAUCCAAAUGCAGGCUAUAAACAAAGAGAUUAUCAUUGACUUCCUGAUAUUCAUUAAGCUUUUCAGAGAUUAUGUAGUUGAUCUUUUUUUGUUUUUUCAAAUUACAUUUGAUUUUUUGUUGGAUUAUAUCUUCAUCAAUAAUCAAUAGAAUAAAAAUAAAUAAUGGUUUAUUCUCUCUCACUAAAAUCAAAGCAGAAGAAUUUUAACCCAAUAAAAAAUAAAAAAGUUCAGAAGUUUAUUGUUUCUAAGGGUUUUUUAUAUUGUAUUUAAUGAUUUAGGACUUUUGUGUUUUCUAAACAAAUUAAAAAUUAAUAAAAUAAAUUAUAAAUUAUUUUGUAAAUCUGAUGUGUCAAAAUAAUAGAUGCUGAUGUCUCAAGAUUAUGAGACACAACCCAACUUUUAUAUAAUAGAUUUAUAUUUUAUAAAUAGACUUUAAGUAUUUUAUCAAUACGUAUUAUUUCCUUCCUCCCCCGAGGAAAAUAGAAAUUAUUUUCCAAAACAAACAGAAAACAAAUGCCCAUCUCUAACGAUUGGUUAUCAUAAAUUUUGAAUAACCUAAUCUUAUUUAGGCUGGCUUUGUUUGUUUGCUUGGUUGUUUGCUGUUACGUUUUCCGAUAGAUCACACCAUCUAACGUCUAAACAAAAUUAUUUUGUAAAAUGCAAAUGCUGUUAGUUUGUUGUUUACGUUUUACAAAACUUAUUUUAAAGUAUAUAAUAAUUUGUUUAUUUAAAAUAUCGAUUUUUUAAAAGUUUUUUUCUCGUGUAAACGUGAGCACAUAAAUUUGAAAAGUGAAGCUUUUUGCGAAAUAGAGCUUCCUAUGAGCUUUAUUGUCAUCGGCCUCAAAAGGAAAAUUACAAGGACAUGAGUUUUGGAUGCACCUCGACUUAGGUUCGAGAGGAUAUUUUCGAGAAGUGUUCAAUCUGGAUAGACUUGACCGAUUUACCCGAAGCUUGAGUUUUUUCCUUUUUUUUUUUGUAUUUUAAAAAAUCCCCAUUUUUGUUGACAAAAAAAAAAUCCCCAUUUUAUUCAACCCAAAUCUAUAUUGAGUACCUCGCGAAACCAAAUAGUAUUCAGUCGUUGAUACCUUUUGUCCAACUAGAAUGUCUUUCUAAAGCCUACGGUAAAACUUAGUUACACUAAAAGGAUACUUAAAAGUCAUUAGAUAGAAUCACAAAAAGACUUCAGAUUGACUAUCCCACAUAGCUCGACCCUCGGCACUAACAUAGUUCAGAUAGUAAUGGUAAGAUUAUGAUUUGAUAUGACUUCAUUACAUGUUUAUAUGAGCGUAGGCUGUUUGAUGAUUUAUUGUGUUGUUAAUGACUAGAUUCACAGGAUUUUUUAAAAUUUUAAAACGAUAGAUUUUGAACCUCAAAGAGUUGUAGAUGCUGUAAAUGAUGAUAACUAUCAAGGGUUGUUUGAUGGGUCAGAAAUGGUAGGACCAUCUUAAUUUCCUAAAAGAACUAUAUGUUAAACCCCUUUGCUAUGGCGGGGUGGGCUUGUACAUAGUAAUCAUGGACCGCGGUUCUAGGUUCUGAUGAGGCAGGCCAAAUGGGCGCCCGAAAAAUAUGUCCACGACGGGGCGGACCAGAUGGCCAUGGGCUGAAAAAAAUGUAUGGCCAUGGGCUGAAAAAGAAUGUCCACGAUGGGGUGGUCUAGAUGGGCGUGGGCUGAAAAAAAUGUCUACGAGAGGGCGGUCCAGAUGGGAACAGACUGACCUGGAGCAGCCUGAAAAAAUAGUCCACGAUAGGGCGGGCGAGAUGAGUGUGGGCUGACCUGGUGUGGCUUGGAAAAAUGUCCACGACGGGGCAGGCCAGAUGGGCACAAGUUGACAUGGUGCAGUUUGAAAAAAAUGUCCACGACGAGGCGGGGUGAAUGGGCGUUGGUGACCCUUUUGGCACCUUUAUGAACAUCCAUAAUUUUGACUCAACAAGAAAGAAGGUCCCAUAUAUGGGUUGUAAGUAAGUUUUUGUUUUUAUAAUAAAAACAUCGGGUUCGGGUUGCAGAAUUUUUGCAACGUGAACCCUUUGUUAAUACUAAAAACAUGGAGUUAGCAAAAAGCGAUUUGCUUUUACAUGAGAUGCAAGUUUCGGUUGUCAGGACACCUUUGUCACCAUGCUGAAUAAAGAUUCAAGUUUGAGUUUAAUGUGCCCUCGUUCUUGGGCAUCGUCUUGCGUGCAAAUUAAUAAGGUUCCCAAGGUGAGGUGGGGGUGGUGGGUUUUCAAUUGGUAUCCACCAAAUUAUAAAAAACAGUGGAUAGAAUUGUCCGUUGUAGAAUUGUCGUAGAAUCGUUCGUGUUUCUGUAAAAUCAUGUGUUUCUGUAGAAUCGUGUUUCUGUAGAAUCGUGUUUCUUUAGAAUCGUUCGUGUUUCUGUAAUUAUUCUCAUAAUUUGUAAUAAUUAACAAUCAAGAAGAUAAAAAGGAAACAACUU